AUGAUGAGUCGCUACUCGGUGCUACUGCCUACUUAUAAUGAGAAAGAAAAUCUUCCCCUUACUGUGUAUCUCAUAGACAAGUAUAUGAACAGCAAGUUUGUCUCAUACAACUACGAAAUUGUUAUCAUUGAUGAUAAUAGUCCCGAUGGAACACAGUUGGCUGCUGAAAAACUUCAAAAGUUAUACGGAUCGGCUUAUGUGCAUGGUUUGAAGUACGCAACGGGAGAUUUCAUCAUUAUUAUGGACGCUGAUCUCUCACAUAAUGUAAUGAGGUUGCAGAAGUGUAUGGACUAUGAUAUCGUGACCGGUACUCGAUACGGAUGUGGCGGUGGGGUGUGUGGAUGGAGUUUAAAACGCAAAAUUAUCAGUCGAAGUGCUAACUUUCUGGCUCACCUGCUGCUACUGCCUAAAGCUUCAGACUUAACGGGGAGCUUUCGUUUAUAUAAGAGAAACGUUUUAACAGAAUUGAUAAAGCGAUCCGUUUCGCGUGGUUAUGUUUUUCAAAUGGAAAUGAUGGCUCGGGCAUCAUCGCUGGGCUAUAAAAUCGGAGAGGUUGGAAUUUCGUUUGUUGAUCGCCUUUACGGCACCUCAAAGCUAAGUGGCUCGGAGGUCAAGCAGUACUUAUCCUGUCUUAUUCGUUUAUUCUUUACCAUUUAG